CCUCAGAUGUUAAUAAAGCACGUUUGACGAUAGUUUAGCGCUUAGAAGUGCGCAAGCCAAGUUCCAGUCGGAUCCCACUCUUCGGAGCCCGCGUUUCUUCUGGCGGCGGUACCCUUGCGGCCAUGGACUCCCAGACCGACGGCGGCGGCGGAGGGGACGACGUCACCGCACUGAAGGAGAUGCGCCGCCAACUGGAAGACUCCAUCGAGGCCCGCCGGCAAGCCCAGCAGGACCUCAUCGUCUCCCUACAGACCCUCGUCCCCGACCUCGUCUCCUCCCUCGACAUCUCCCUCCGCAUCAUUUCCGCCUUCAACCACCGCCCCUUCUACCCCACCCCCAACCCUAACCCUAACCCUAACCCAAACACUCCUUCCGAUCCCCCCCGCCCCCUCAACCCUCGCCGCCGUCCCCCGCUCCCGGACUCCAGUCCCCUCCCACCCCGUACCCGUCCCAGGCCCUAUCCUGGACCCCGCCGCGACCACUCCCCUCCCGACGCCGACGGUGGCGGUGGCGACCGCCUCUCGGUCGUCCGCGCCAUGGUCGCCGUCUGCCUCCUCGAGCUCAACCCGUUCACCGAGAUCGACUCCGCCGCCCUGCUCCGCCGGCUCGAGGGCGACCAGUCCUCCGCCACUCCCGCCGAGAAGGCCGCCCUGGUCGAGCUCGGCGGGGAGCUCGGACCGAUCUCCGCUGUCGAGACAGCGCUCCGGCGGAUCGCCGAGGAGAGCGGCGGGUUGCAACUGGAGGAGUUCACGGUGAACGGGAAGUCUAUGUUGAUGAUUCGGGCUAUUGAUCGGAACAAGCUCCUCAAGGAGCACCCUGAGAGCUCCUUCCAGAAUCAGCAGUUGCCGGUGGCGGAACCCAGUUCCGGCAACGGGAAGAAUAAGGGUCAGGGGCCGGGAAUGGGCGGAGUCGAUGGCGGCGCUGCGCUGAUGCCGAGGCCACCGCUGGAGAUGUGGAUGGGGCCUCCUGACUCUCAUUUAUCGGGCAUGUCUCCUAUGUUUCCACGGCCUGGCGCUCCGCCGACCAUGGUCGGCCCAAGAGGCGGGCCGAGGGUUAUGAGCUUGAUGGGGAUUCCGAGGAUGAUGGGCACGCCUCCUCCCCACAGGCCUGUCAUGGGUCCUGGCGCUGCUAUGGGUAGCACAAGUCUGGCGCCUCCGAACCAAAGGACUGAGGAGGAUGAGCUGAAGGACCUUGAAGCAUUGCUGAACAAGAAGACGUUCAAGGAAAUGCAAAAAUCAAAGACUGGAGAGGAACUUUUGGAUCUUAUUCACCGCCCGACUGCAAAAGAAACCGCCGUUGCUGCAAAGUUCAAGACCAAGGGUGGCUCUCAACUCAAAGAAUAUUGUACACAUCUAACUAAAGAAGAUUGCCGACGCCAAACUGGUUCAUUCAUUGCAUGUGAGAAGGUGCAUUUUCGGCGCAUUAUUGCUCCACACACUGAUACAAAUUUAGGUGACUGCUCUUUUCUUGAUACAUGCCGUCACACAAAGACCUGCAAAUAUGUUCAUUAUGAACUUGACCAAACACCAGACAUACCUUCAAUGAUGAUGGGUGCUACUAAUCUUCCACCUCCAAAACCAAUCAAGUCCCAAAGGGCCGAAUAUUGUUCAGAAGUGGAGCUUGGAGAACCUCAAUGGAUAAACUGUGACAUCCGUACCUUCAGAAUGGACAUUUUAGGGCAGUUUGGAGUUAUCAUGGCAGACCCACCUUGGGACAUUCAUAUGGAAUUGCCAUAUGGUACAAUGUCAGAUGAUGAGAUGAGAAAUCUUAAUGUACCUGCAUUGCAGACUGAUGGUCUGAUUUUUCUAUGGGUCACUGGGCGUGCAAUGGAACUUGGGCGUGAAUGUUUGGAGCUUUGGGGAUACAAGCGUGUUGAGGAGCUCAUAUGGGUGAAGACCAAUCAACUCCAACGAAUUAUUCGAACUGGACGUACAGGCCAUUGGCUCAAUCAUAGUAAAGAACAUUGUCUUGUUGGAAUAAAGGGAAACCCAGAGGUGAAUAGGAACAUCGAUACAGAUGUUAUUGUAGCUGAAGUUCGUGAAACCAGCCGAAAACCUGAUGAGAUGUACCCAAUGCUAGAGAGGAUAAGCCCCAGGACAAGGAAGUUGGAAUUGUUUGCUCGAAUGCACAAUACACAUGCUGGGUGGUUAUCACUGGGUAAUCAAUUGAAUGGAGUCAGGUUAGUUGAUGAUGGUCUGAGAGCAAGGUUCAAGGCUGCUUAUCCAGAUGUGGAGGUACAGCCACCAUCUCCUCCCAGAACUUCUGCUAUGGAUGUAGAUUCAAACAUCCCACAAACGAGGAGCCUUUUUGUUGGGACAGACUCAAAACAAUCAUCGAGCCAAUUCAUGGAACCAACACCACCUGUGGGCUAUUCUGAAGGAAAGCCUAUGGGCACAGAUUUUGAAGCAUCUUCUUAAUAUCAGCAUGUAUAAUUAGUUUCUUUUUGUCAUUUUGUGAUCUUAGCUUUUUCUCUGGGUGCAUGUUUCAUCAGCCAGUUGGCUGCCUUUGCUGUUGCUAGGAUACAGAAAGAUGUAAGCAGCUGGAUGCUUUCGCAAGGAGUGCUGCUUCACAGCACCACUCCAUUCCCAGCUCUCCAUGGCUGACAGGCACCAGCCCACCAACCACCGCCUCCGGGCGCAGGGAGUGGGUAGUACAGUGGUGCUGGUAAAUUAUUUCUUUCAUAAGUACUGCUACUACAUUUCACGUGCAGUUAAUGUAUAAUUAGAUUCUUUAAUGAGAGAGAUUUGAUGUACCUUCUCUUUUUGACCUUUUGGGUAUAAAAAAAGCCUUAAAGCAGCUCCA